AUGGGCAAGGAUAUCGCAUCCCCAAGUAUAAAAGAAGGCGGCACCAGCGAACGAGAACCGUCUCUCCUACCGCCUCCAGAUUUUCUCGUCCCUGAUUCAGCAACAAAUGAUAGUCUAGCAGAAAAUAAUUUGAUAAUACCGAAAUGGCAAGCUCCUAGUUCGAGUUCAGCGAAUAGUACCGACGGCUUUAUAACGAAUUCCACCGCUUCACCGGUAUUAUCCGAACGAGAGGAUGGGUCGGUUCCUGUUUUAUCGCCUAUGAUACCAUCUGGGGUUCCACUUCAGGUUAUCGCUAUUCCGGAGGAUCAGGUGUUAAAAGCCAUGGAUGGGAAGUUUGUGGCUAUUACUCCAAGUCCUGAAGACGCAGAGGUGUCUCCACGGUCGAGUACGGUUCCGGAUACUUCUGGUAAUGAGUCUAGUAAGAAGGUUAGGUCUGGUAGUAUUGGGUCAAAAAGCGGACGGAGUCGUGCUAGUAGUGUUAGCAAAGACGACGCCCCGAAGAUGGCACAAAGACCACAGUUCCCGCCUCCGAGACAUUACAGCGUUUCUGGAAACGUACGACGCGCGAAAUCUACACCUCGAGUAGUUCUAAACGGGAAUUCGUAUGUCGGUGCUAGUAUUACGCCAUUAGUCCCCCCAACACCAUCGAAGCAUACCGAAAAGUCCGGUUCCAGCGCAAACGGAACAGCUCAACAUACUCCUACGGAAUCCAAGCAUCCCAGGGACGCCCUAACGACGGCUCCACUGUCCAUUGGCGACUAUCUUUAUCUUUCUCUAGCGACUACGCCAGCUUCGAAAUAUGAUCUUGUUUCUGCCGAACUUCGUAUAGAGAAAUUGAUGAACUUUUUGUCACUACCGAUGUACCUUGAAGGUGCUCUCUGGUUUGGUUCUUUUGCUUGUUUGGAUGGGUGGUUGUGGAACUUUACAAUUUUACCUAUCAGGUUUUUGACGGCCCUGUGGUUGUUAUUGCUAUAUUGGAUGAAGCUCAUUGGGGAGAUUGUUGCUUCGUUUGCGAAGUCAUGGCUUCGGCCUGAAACCGCCCAGUUGGAGGCUCAACAACGAAAGCCUUCGGAAUCAGACCAGCAAUCCACCAAUACUGCUACUAGUGCCACUGCUACUACACCUACGACCGCUACAACGGUAUCAGACCCCAAAAAGGACUCAAAGAGACGACGACUCGCUGCCCUCGCAAAACGACGUAAGACGUCGGAUCUACAGCCUAAUCACAAAGCUGAUUUGCUAAAGGGCGCAGUCGUCAUCUUUUCAUGUUGGAUCCUAAUGGAAUUUGAUGCAUCAAGGAUGUAUCACAGCAUCCGUGGACAGAACGCCAUUAAGUUGUAUGUCAUAUACAGUGUUUUGGAAGUUGGUGAUAAACUUCUGUCUGCGAUUGGGCAAGAUAUCUUUGAGUGUUUAUUCUCAAGAGAGUCGUUGGAGAGAAGACCGGAUGGGACGAGUAAAGUUCUCAGGCCAUUUGGGUUCUUCUUGCUGGCGUUGGGUUAUAACGUUUUACAUGCUACUGCGCUGUUUUAUCAGGUCAUUACGUUGAAUGUGGCGGUUAAUAGUUACUCGAAUAGUUUGAUAACGCUAUUGUUGUCGAACCAGUUCGUGGAGAUCAAAACAACGGUUUUCAAGAGGAUUGAGAAGGAGAAUCUGUUUCAAAUGGCAUGUGCGGAUGUCGUUGAGAGGUUUCAGUUAUGGCUGAUGUUGAUUAUCAUCGCCAGCAGGAAUCUCGUGGAGAUUGGAGUAGAAGGGUUUUUGGGUGUCGGUGGGUUCGGGCUUACUGGUUUGGUAUCCGCGGCUGGAUUGGGACUUCCUUCGACUACAGGACAGGCUAUGAAUACUGCGGUUCCAAAUGCUUCUGUUACGUCUAGCAGCGGGGGAAUGUUCCUACCGAAGAGCUUUACGAUCUUUCCAAAAUGGACAGGACAAGUUAUGGGGCCGUUUUUGCUGGUAUUGGGGAGCGAGAUGCUUGUGGAUUGGUUGAAGCAUGCGUAUAUCACGAAGUUUAAUAAUAUUAAACCACAGAUAUACUCAAGGUACUUGGAUGUUUUGGCGAAGGAUUAUUAUACACAUGCUUUUGCGGAGGAGAAUCUUAUGAGAAGAUUGGGAUUGCCGGUUAUCCCGCUUGCAUGUCUAUUCAUCCGAUCGUCGUUGCAGACUUACCAGAUGUUUAUAUCAACACACUUUCCUUCUCCUUUGUUUCCGGACAUGACCCGAACAACUUUCCCUGACGAUACUAAUGCUGCGGCAUCCUCACCGGCUACUACUGCUGCCCUCCAUAAGUUCGAUUCAAUCCUUAAAAGUGCCUUCUCAGGUCGAGCAGGACAAGAUACCGUCGAUAUUCUCAACACCAUUACGGAGUAUCUUACCAUCGCUACGAUAUUCAUUGGGAUUUGGAUGGUGUUUUUGAUAUUCAAGUUUAUCUUGGGAAUGGGAUUGCUUGCCGUCGCUAGAAGAAGAUAUAAGGGAAUGAAGGAGAGAGAAAAGAAGGGCUAUGCAGUUUUGGGAGUGAGCAGUGGUGGAGUGGCUGAGAUGAACGAUGAGAAGAGGAAGAUUAUUAAUGCGGGUGGAGAUAAGGAUAUUACUGGAGGCGGGAGUGGAGUAAGGAAGACUACCCCACUCGGGGAGGUUGAGAGGUUUGAUAUGGUUGCUAAGAGGAUUUGGUAG